AUGUCCCUAAACUUAAAGUGUAAACCCCAUGAUAAGCCCACAGCAUAUCCCACACAUCCACAGCAAGUUGCAGCUGACCAACUUUCAUCCAUUGAAGUUGACCUUAUGCAAUCAGUUAAUGAUCUCAAGGCAUGCAAUCACAUUUUCGGUCAAUUGCCAACUCUCGAGGAACUUUUUGACCCUACUGAGGAGAGAGAAGUGGGAGAAUACCCUGCAUUCGAACUUGAAGGUGGUGACAAAGCCAUUGCAGAUGAGCGGCCACACCAAUCACACGGACAAAUCUUCUCUAUUUGUGCCGGUAACUCGAAGUUGGAUGCAUGCAAUAUGGUGAUCCACAGUUUUCACUCAACUUAUCAUCACAACUUCGUAAAUUUCAUGCUCAACUAUAACGAGAAGAAAUACUUAAUGCUAGACAGACCUCUCUAG